AUGACGCGUAAGGAGGUCGCCAGCAGAUUUCAGAUGCUGCUACUGAUCUGGUCAAUAUGUGUGGCGAGCUUCGGCACCGGCUUUCCCACCAGGCAUAAAAAUGUCCCACACAAGGGCCACUUCCUCCUCUCCGACCCACUGCAGUACGACCCAGAGUCCGAGCAGCACAAUCAGGUCCAGUCUCUGCCGGAGCCCCAGGGACCCCCCCGGAGAUGGCCCCACCCACAGCAGCGCUCUGUGGGGGUCCUGCCAAAGCCUGAACCUGAAGAGGAGUCCAGACCCUUCAUCCUGGACCUCCACAACCUGCCAGACCUGAGCCACGCUGAAGACAACGAGAACCCCAACAUACAGGUGACUAUCGAGGUGGUGGAUGAUCCUCAGAUGGAGCUGGAGAUGGAUUUGGCGAAGGAGAAAGAAUGGCUCCCUCCAUCUCCGCCCUCCUCCGUGGACCUGAGCGGGGGAAAGCAGCUGUUCUGGCCUCUGUUCUGGAGCUACACCGACACAGACUCCAGUGAAGAAAACAGCAGCCGCUCCAGCACUCAGGACCCAGAGGAGGAGGAGGAGGAGGAAGAGGAGGACUACUCUGUGGACUACAGCGAAGAGCCUGUGCCCAGCGGAGUGGGCAGCGACUGGGGCACUCACUGGAAUGGAGGCUGGGAUCCAGUAAAGAGCUACCACGAGAAGGAGCCUGAGGAGUGGACUCCCUGGACUCCGUGCUCAGUGACGUGUGGACACGGAGAGAGGAAGAGGACCAAGUCGUGUGGGUUCUCGUGUACACUGACAGAAGCAGCCCGCUGUGACCUGGACCCCUGCCCAGGGGAGGACAACACUGUGGCAGACCCGUUCCUCUUUGAAAUGGAGAAUGGCACAGAACCAUUUGGCACAGAUGUGGAUAGCUGUGAGAAGUGGCUGAGCUGUAAGAGUGAGUUCCUGGAGCAGUACAUGGCUCUUGCCCUCUCGGAGCUGCCCCACUGCCCCUGCUCGUACCCCUCUGAGGUCUCCUACACCGUGGUCAGUGUGUUUGACGAUUCUCAGGACCGUCCCUUUCGCUGGAGAGAUGCCAGUGGUCCCAAAGAGCGUCUGGACGUGUACAAACCCUCCGCGCGCAGCUGCAUCCGCUCCGCCCUCUCCGCAGACCUGUCCACGCUGGCCGCCCAGCACUGUUGCUAUGACGACCGCGGGCGCCUCAUCACCCGGGGCAAAAGCGCCGGCACGCCCAACCUCAUCAGCACCGAGUUCUCCCCCGACCUUCACUUUAAGGUGGAUGUCCUGCCCUGGAUCCUGUGCAAAGGGGACUGGAGCCGCUUCCACACCAUCAGACCCCCCAACAACGGACUCAAGUGUCCAGAGAAUCCUCACGAGGACAUCUUCAUGAACGAACUGGAAGAAGCGCGAGAAUACUGAGUCCAACAGCCAAAAGUGCACCACACACGGCCCAACUUCCACUCAGCUACACUCAGGCCAGGGCCGCGGGCGACUAACGCUGUUUCUCCACUAAAGACGUGUCCUGCACUUUGAUUAGCUGAUACUUUGCACAUGAUGUCAUCAACAUUCCCCGGGGGUGUGAUGCUAACUGUAGGCUCUGCUCUGUCUAAGGCUUUAUUAGAUUUUAAUUUCUGUUUUAUUUUAGCACUGAGCAGAAAGAUCUGACCUAGUGGAAGUACAACAGGUGAGCUGAUCUGUUAAACACGUCUCACACAGAAACUUACAGUCAAUGAUAAACAUUGUUUUUCAGUGAGUUUCUCACCUUUGAAAAUCAAACUCCUAAACAGAACCAUGAACACUCGCACUGAUCACAGGCUCCUGAAAAUAUGCUGUUGAAAUCCAUUUUGUAUUUUCUCUUGAUCUUCAAGUCUUCAAAAUGUUGCAUUGUGUCACCAUGGUACCUUUUUAACAUAGACAUCCAGGCAGAACACCCCCACAUGAUGUCACUGCAAAGUAUCAAUAAUCUUAGUAAAGUAACUGAAUCAAAUGACUACAGCCCUUGGUAAUUAAAACUUAAACUCAUCUACCACAGUGAAGAUGAGGCAACCCAUGUCCCCUUCAGAUCAUACUCCCUUUUGUUAAAGGUGAAUUGUGUAACUUUUCUGGUAGAGGCUCUGCCUGAAAUGUUCCACAGUGUGACAUUAAACAGCUCUACUUUACAUUUAUUCAAUCACAGGUGGUUUUAUAGCUGAAAAUUUUCUAGAAAAACAGACAUUGUGACUGUGAGUGGGGUCGCCUCCUCAUAGAUCUGAUCUGUAACUUGGUCUGGUUUGGUCUCUAUGAAGAUUUAGAUGCAGGUCUCAUACUGUGUAACAUUCCAGACAAAGCAAUGACAUCUCCAUGGAGAAAAGUAUUUGAUGGACUCUCCAGCAGGAAAGUUACACAAUGCACCUUUGUUUUUGCUCUUGCUUCUUCACACAGCUCAUGAGCGAGACGUGUUUACUGGCUGACGUUUGUGUUUUGUUUGGUAUUUGACGAAUAGAAACACUGGGGAUAGGGACCGGGACAGGUAAUACUGUUAAAAUUGCUGCUAUUAUAAAUAAAGUAGGAUUUAAAUAUGCAAAACAUAAAGACAUUGGAAAGAAGAAAAGAAGAAUGGACAGUAAAACGAGGAUUGUGGACAUCUGUCUGGUGUGUAUGAUUGGAGCAGCCUUAACAGAAAGAAAAGAUUGAAUUUCAAACAUUUGGCGCUCGGAUACGGUGCAUUUUGACAGCCAGGAAAAUCUCUGAUCAGGGUGCCAAAGAGUUAAGAGGCAGACGAUUGGUGCCUGCGUAAACCCAGUCUCUACGGUGCAAAUAGAAAAACAUAUUGUACAAUGAGUAGCUUGUGUUUCAAAAAACCUUCUCAGGGGAAUUACUGACCAGGAGUAAAAUGUCUUCUUUACCUCUACAGUAUCACACGAGUACAGCCUAAAACAUGCUAUAAGCUGUGUAAUCCAAAUACAUACUAAAGGAAUGGGUCAGUAAAUGUAGUGCUUAUAAAAAAGAAAUACAUAAAAAAAAAAAAAAAAAAGAACAA